AUGGAUGCAGAAGGUGUGGUGGAGGUUAGAAAAGGGCCAUGGACUAUGGAAGAAGACUUGAUUCUCAUCAACUACAUAGCCAAUCAUGGUGAAGGUGUUUGGAACUCUCUUGCUCUCUCCGCUGGUCUAAAACGUAACGGGAAGAGCUGUCGACUCCGGUGGCUGAACUACCUCCAUCCCAACGUUCGACGAGGCAACAUCACUUCAGAUGAACAACUACUGAUCAUGGAACUACACGCCAAAUGGGGAAAUAAGUGGUCAAAAAUAGCAAAGCAUCUCCCGGGAAGGACUGAUAACGAGAUAAAGAACUACUGGAGGACGAGAAUCCAAAAGCACGUAAAGCAAGGGCAUCGCUUCAACGCUCGACAAACGAGCUCAAAAGCAACGUCUCGUGAUCGUAAUCAAGUGAAUGAAGAAGCUCCAAGUUCUUACACAAUGGAUCCAAUAAUGGAAACCUUUUCUCCUCCAAAUUACACUAAAAAUCUUGAUGCCUUCUCAUUGCCUUUGCUCCCAGUUGACCAUUCCAAUCAAAAUUAUUGGAGCAUGGAGGAUCUAUGGUCUAUGCAACUUCUCAACGAAUAAAAAUUAAUU